AUGAGCGUCUUGCUGGAAACCUCCCUAGGUGACAUUGUCAUUGAUCUCUUGGUCGACGAGUCGCCUAAGGCAUGUGAGAACUUCCUAAAGCUUUGCAAAGUCAAGUACUAUAAUUUCUCGCCGAUUUACAGCGUCCAAAAAAAUUUCACCUUUCAAACUGGCGACCCAAUCGGACCCGAUUCCCCAGAGAGCGAUGGUGGAUCAUCGAUCUGGGGUCUGCUGGAGGGACCAUCCAGAAAAGCCUUCCCCCUCGAACUCCCACCGAAACUGAAACACGAUGAGAGAGGAAUCGUUAGCAUGGCUGCUGUGCCUUCUCCGCACGACCCCGACCUUCGUCUCGUCACCAGCCAGUUCCUUGUCACGCUGGGGGAUAAUCUUGAUUACCUGGACGGCAAGGCUGUGAUAUUUGGUAAGGUUGUGGAAGGGUUUGACGUUCUUGAGAAAGUCAACGAGUCUUUCAUCGAUGAUCGCGGCCGACCGCUGAAGGAUAUUCGCAUCCGCCAUACUGUCAUUCUCGAUGACCCCUUCGAAGACCCCCCAGGUCUCGUAGAGCCGCCAGAAAGCCCUGUGCCAACAAAGGCACAAUUGGCUACGGUUAGAAUCGCCGAUGACGAGGACCUUGAAGAAGAAAUGGACGAAGAGUCGAUGGAGAAGCUCCGCCGCGAGCGUGAGGCAAGAGCGCAGGCCUUGACGUUAGAAAUGGUUGGAGACCUCCCCUUUGCAGAGGUCAAGCCUCCGGAAAACGUCUUGUUCGUGUGCAAAUUGAAUCCGGUAACUCAAGAUGAGGACCUCGAGUUGAUCUUUAGUAGGUUUGGGAAAAUUCUCUCCUGCGAGGUUAUCAGGGAUAAGCGGACGGGUGACAGUCUACAAUACGCAUUCAUUGAAUUUGAAAACCAAAAAGACUGCGAGCAGGCCUACUUUAAAAUGCAAGGCGUCCUGAUAGACGAUCACCGGAUUCAUGUAGAUUUCUCUCAGAGUGUAUCAAAACUGUCGGAAAGCUGGCGAAAUGCCACCAUCUCGAAGCGCAGCGCACAACGGGGUGGCUUUGGUGGUGUAGCCAGUCUAGAGAAGAAGCGUCAGUACAGGGCAACGGAAAACACUCGCGAGAGAGACGACUAUAACAUGGUGUUUGAUAAAAACGGUCCCAGUAAACGGUCUGCGCCUCGUGAGCGGCGGUACAGCCGAAGUCCACAACGAACCUCCCAUCCCAAUCGAAGAGACAGUCGGAGUCCACGACAAGAUUCAUACCGGAGCCGCCAGCGUGAUCGAUCUUACAGUCGAAGCCCUCCACGGAGGGGCUCCUACCCUGACAAGGAUAGGGGAAAUUACAGCGAGGGUAACCAACGCCGUGGGUAUCGUGACGGUGAUCGAUACAGGGAUCGACGACGAUAG